AUGUCCUUCGACCCGAAGCUGCCUAUGGACGCAUACGUUUGCUUUGCCGCCGACCCUCAGACCGGUGAACCCCGUUGGAUGCUCAUGUUGAUGUCUGUGGGCGCAGAGUACGGAACGUUAUACCACUCAAGCGGCGGACCGGCGCACAACAAGCCAUAUCAAGUCACUAUAGAAGCCCACAAAAGCUUCAACAGCUGCGGAAUCCAUGCUCGAGAAUACCUGGGACCGGUCGAUUUCCCCAAAAGCAACGUUAAAAGGGUUACGGGAGCGGCCUUGAGGAUUCCUGCCCAGCAUUCCCAGAAGUAUAUGGUUGGGCUGGUGGCGCACUUGGAAGAAAUCGAUAUAUUGCCAGAGGGCAGCGCAGCCUGGCUCGACAGCCAUGUACAGUUGAACAAACGUGAUUGGGAUUAUGAGCGUCGGCAUCCAGUCGUUCAACGUCAAAUCGGAUAUCCCACGCCUACUCGAGGAUACCAUGUAACCAUAUCUUCAGCACCCCCGCCGCGGCAGCCUCUCUCAACUCGCACAAAUGCAUCCACGGACAGAGAACUUGAACAGUCAUUCGAAAACGAAAAAAAAGGUCCAUGGGAGUGUAGCUGCGACCUAAUCCUUGCGGUCAGCUAUCAACGCUAUGCACCCAGCCAAGAUCCAGUGUCUCAUUCCCAGCAAGCCGCCCCCGACCAUGAAGCAUUCCUUCCCUAUCCCUCGGAUAUUCCUUCGUUUGGUGUCAAUCGCUUUCGACGUUUUGAGCUAUGCCUCUGA